GCUAAGACUUUUGGUCCAGUACUGUGGAACCCACUAGGCUACCCACUAGGGGUCUUGCUGCUAUAUGAUUACAGUUCCUCAGCGUGCAACAGGCAAUGAGUUAUUUGGGUUUCUCUUAUUGGGUCCGCAUGUACUUGCCGUUGCUUUCGUGGUUAGUGAGUUUUAGUGCGAAACUUGCUGUCGGUGUCGAGCGCCCCCCCCACCGAAGUGAACUUUUUCAGUUCUCUCCGACACACACGAUGACAGCAGAGGUCUGUAGGAGGCAGACCCAAACACCGAUCUACAAAAGGACUUCAGAUGGCUAAGUGGAGAAGAAGAAACUGCAUUGCAUUUCUUUGUCUGCCUUCAAUGUUCAAAGACAUCUUGCUUUCUCACACAGUUAAACUAUAUGCACUGGAACGGAUACCAGCCUGAUUUUUUUUUCUUUUAACACAAAUUGGCUGUUGCACUUCGUAUUAAUUUGGUUUUAGCCACUGACUGGUCUAUAGCAUUUCAUUUUGUUUAUACUUUAUGCAGCCGCUGCCUUUUGCAAGAUAAUUUUGAUUUUUGAUUUUCUGGGAAAGUGAUGGACAGUCCAGUUGCGUUUAAGCAACAGUAACACUAACUUUUGAAGUCGUAACAAUAUGUUUUCCUUGUAGGCUGCAAUCAAUUGCGUAGAUUAAGAAAGAAGGCUUUUUUAUCAGUUUUAUUGCUGCAAAUUAAAGCAGACCAUGCAGAGAUUUUUGGUCGUUGCAGUUUUAUUUUCUAUCCAAGAGUUCACUGGAGCUGAACCAAAGCCAAAAUGUCCCUCCCGUUGCGAUGUGAGUACAUGUCCGAGUCCAAGUUGCCCCAGCGGCUAUGUCCCUGAUCGGUGCAACUGCUGUCUGGUGUGCGCUCAGGGCGAGGGGGACGCUUGCGGGCGGAAAGAUGACUUGCCGUGCGGGGACGGACUCGAAUGCAAACACCCGGCUGGGAAGCGACUCUCCAAGGGCGUCUGUCAGUGCAAGAUGGGGUACAACGUCUGUGGCAGUGACGGGAAGACGUAUGGCAACGUCUGCCAGCUGAAGGCGAUGAGCAGGAAGGCUCUGCAGCAAGGUCUCCCCGCUAUCACCCAGGUGCAGAAAGGGCCGUGCGAAACAAGUAUAGGUCCUUCACACCCCAACAGUCCAAGGUACAAGUUUAACUUCAUCGCUGAUGUUGUGGAGAAGAUCGCCCCUGCUGUUGUGCACAUAGAGCUAUUCCUCAGGCAUCCCCUGUUUGGCCGGAACGUUCCACUGUCCAGUGGUUCUGGGUUUAUUAUGUCUGAGACUGGCCUCAUCGUGACCAACGCUCAUGUCGUGUCCAGCACUACACCUGUGUCAGGCCGUCAGCAGCUCAAAGUGCAGAUGCACAAUGGAGACGUAUAUGAGGCAACGAUCAAAGACAUUGACAAGAAGUCAGACAUCGCGACCAUUAAGGUUAAUCCCCAGAAAAAGCUGCCGGUGCUAUUGCUGGGACACUCGGCUGACCUCAGGCCUGGAGAAUUUGUGGUCGCCAUAGGCAGUCCGUUUGCUUUGCAAAACACAGUGACAACUGGGAUUGUCAGCACAGCACAGAGGGACGGCAAGGAGCUGGGGAUCCGAGACUCAGACAUGGACUACAUCCAGACUGAUGCUAUCAUCAACUAUGGAAAUUCUGGUGGACCCCUUGUUAACUUGGAUGGCGAAGUGAUUGGGAUCAAUACCUUGAAGGUAGCAGCUGGAAUCUCCUUUGCUAUCCCGUCAGACAGAAUAACACGUUUCCUCAAUGAAUCUUUGGACAAACAAAGCAAAGAGGUUAGAUCAGUGAAGAAACGCUUUAUUGGAAUUAGAAUGCUUACUAUCACACAAGCCUUGGUAGAAGAGCUGAAGCAGCAGAAUCCUGACUUCCCUGACGUCAGCAGUGGCAUCUACGUGCACGAAGUUGUGCCAAACUCCCCGGCUCAGAAGGGUGGCAUCAAGGACGGCGACAUCAUCGUGAAGCUGAACAGCCGCCCGUUGAUGAGCACCAGCGACCUGCAGGAGGCGCUGAUGGAGGAGACGGCCCUGUUGCUGGAGGUGCGGCGCGGCAACGACGACCUGCUCUUCAACAUCGAGCCUGACAUCAUCAUGCAGUGAGAGAGAACGCCGCCUUGUCAACUGUGAAAAAAACUGCUGUGUUUCUCUGGGCCAUCUGCAAUGAGCUGGAGAUACCACAAACUCUCCACCUGCCCCAAGGUCAGUGUUUGGAAAGGCUGACGAAGAUCCAAUGGCUGAAGCUGAGGAGUUGCUAUUAACAUUUUUUUUUCUUCAAAUGAAAGCGUUUCCUUAAGCAGACUAGCUAAUUUCAUGGCACAUGUUCACUAAUGGAAGAAUGCUGGUGGAUAUCAAAUCAAAUGUAGUUGAAGGAAAUGGUUGCAGUACACAUUUAUCAUCCUUAUUCACUACAUUAAAAGCUAUUUGCCGCCAUGAAAUCAAGUGGACACAAUGCCCUGUAGAUAAUAAUUGUAAUUAAGAAAUGGAAAACUAUGACGUUGGUUCCGGAAACCUAAGCUCUUUUACCCAUAUGUGAAAAGAAAAAAGCUGCCGGUCAGGCUAAUCCUUUCGUGAAAACUUUGUAUUAAAUUUGAUACGUAAAUACUGAAUUACUUUACUUUCACAGCAGGGGCAAAGAACGCAUCACAAAUCAGCUUGUGAUGGUAUCUUACCCCUGCAGUGUUUUUGCCUUUCUCAUUUGUUCAAGCUUACCAUCAUCCAUAUGUCUUUGUUGAAUAACAGUGAGUAAUGAAUGUUUACAAGUUCAACUGCUUUCAUUACAAAAGCAGCAUUUUAGUGAGACACAUUUGGACUGUCAUUGUCAUAGACUGUCAUAGAUGAAUAAAACAUAUGCAUCAAAUAGA